AUGCGCUCUCUCACGCGCACUCUCACGCGCACACUCACGCCCUCACUCACGCGCGCUCUCACGCGCUCUCUCACGCGCCCUCUCACGCGCUCUCUCACGCGCCCUCUCACGCGCCCUCUCACGCGCACUCUCACGCGCACACUCUCGCGCUCUCGCACGCCCUCUCUCACACGCUCUCGCACGCGCUCUCUCACUCGCUCUCUCAAGCGCUCCUUCACUCGCUCCCUCACGCGCUCCCUCACGCGCUCUCUCAUGCGCUCUCUCACACGCUCUCUCAAGCGCUCCCUCACGCGCUCCCUCACGCGCUCCCUCACGCAAUCUCUCACGCGCUCCCUCACGCGCUCUCUCAUGCGCUCUCUCACGCGCACUCUCACGCGCACACUCACGCCCUCACUCACGCGCUCUCUCACGCGCUCUCUCACGCGCUCUCUCACGCGCUCUCUCACGCGCUCUCUCACGCGCUCUCUCACGCGCUCUCUCACGCGCCCUCUCACGCGCCCUCUCACGCGCUCUCUAACGCGCACUCCCACGCCGCUCCUUCACUCGCUCCCUCACGCGCUCCCUCACGCGCUCUCUCAUGCGCUCUCUCACACGCUCUCUCAAGCGCUCCCUCACGCGCUCCCUCACGCGCUCCCUCACGCAAUCUCUCACGCGCUCCCUCACGCGCUCUCUCAUGCGCUCUCUCACGCGCACUCUCACGCGCACACUCACGCCCUCACUCACGCGCUCUCUCACGCGCUCUCUCACGCGCUCUCUCACGCUCUCUCUCACGCGCUCUCUCACGCGCUCUCUCACGCGCUCUCUCACGCGCUCUCUCACGCGCCCUCUCACGCGCUCUCUCACGCGCUCUCUCACGCGCUCUCUCACGCGCACUCUCACGCGCACACUCUCGCGCUCUCGCACGCCCUCUCUCACACGCUCUCUCACGCGCUCUCUCACGCGCUCUCUCAAGCGCUCCCUCACGCGCUCCCUCGCGCGCUUCCUCACGCGCUCUCUCAUGCCCUCUCUCACGCGCUCUCUCACGCGUUCGCUCCCGUGCACACGCUCUCCCUCUCGCUCCGUCUCGUCUCUUCUUAA